AUGACAUUAUCCACAUUAGUGACCUCUAUUAUUCAUGCACUUGGUGAAGUGUUUGAACUUAAGGAUUUGGGCAAGCUUUGUUAUUUUCUCGGCCUUGAGGUACACUAUCAGCCAAGGGGUAUGAUCUUUAUUAAUCAACACAAGUAUGCUAAAGAUCUCAUCAAAAAGGCAUCUAUGGACACAUGUAGGCCUUGUAGCACUCCUUCUAAACCACAUCAUCAAGUCUUAAGGGAUGAAGGUAUCCCUCUUUCUGAUCCUACACACUUUCGAAGCCUUGUAGGUGCUUUGCAAUACUUGACGUUCACGAGACCCGACAUUGCUUUUGCUGUUAACACAGUCUAUCAAUAUAUGCACAGUCCCACAAAUGUUCACUUUGGUCUUGUUAAACGCAUCCUCAGAUAUUUGCAGUUUGGUGUCACGUUUUCUCCAAGGACUAUGGUCUUAUAUGGAUAUUGUGAUGCAGAUUGGGCUGGUGAUCCCAAUACAUGCAGAUCCACUACUAGUUAUGUUGUGUUUCUUGGUUCCAAUCCGAUCUCUUGGUCCUCCAAAAAGCAAGCCUCUGUCUCUCGCAGCUCUAUGGAAGUCGAAUAUCGAGCGCUUGCACACUGUGCUGCAAAAAUCUCAUGGAUUAGGCAAGUCCUGUGUGAUUUACAUAUGUUAAUUCCUGAAGCACCUUUGCUUCACAGUGAUAACUUGUCUACUCUAGCCCUCAGUGCCAACCCCAUAUUCCAUUCUCGCAUUAAGCAUUUGGAUGUGGACUUUCACUUCAUUCGAGAACGUGUUCAAAAUAAAGAUCUUCUUGUUCAAUAUGUUCCUGGCCAAAGGGCUUCACAGCCCAAUAUUCACUAA